UCCAAUCAGCGAAAUGUUCUCCGGGCUGUGGCGACUGACAGAGGAGAGAGGCGGGACUUCCGUUGUCAAGGCGAAAUGCCCGGAGCUGGUGGUGGUUCGUGUGUUGGAGAGUGAGGCGGAGGAGGUUGCCCUUGCGACUCGUUGCUGCUUGUGUUGCUGCUGCCGCUCUUCUUUAGCAGACAGUUUGUAUUAAUCCACUUGAAGCCACCUGUUGGAGGAGGGAUGCCCACUGAAAGUGGAAGCUGGGCAGCUGCACGCCAGACAAAGCAGAAACGCAAAUCUCAUAGUCUCUCCAUAAAGAGGACUAACAGCUCAGAGCAAGAUCGCCCCGGGCUACAAAGAGAGAUGUUGGAAGGCCAGGAUUCCAAGCUGCCGUCAUCCGUUCGCAACACACUGCUGGAGCUUUUCGGGCAAAUAGAAAGAGAAUUUGAGAAUCUUUAUCUGGAGAACUUGGAAUUACGUCGGGAGAUCGAUACACUGAAUGAUCGCUUAGCAGUGGAAGGGCAGGCCAUCGAUGGAGCGGAAUUAAGCAAGGGACAGAUGAAAACAAAAGCUAGCCACAGUACAAGCCAGCUUUCCCAGAAGUUGAAGACAACUUACAAAGCUUCCACCAGCAAGAUUGUCUCUAGCUUCAAGACCACAACUUCUCGAGCUAUCUGUCAGCUAGUAAAGGAUUAUGUUGGACACAGAGAUGGCCUUUGGGAUGUCAGUGUUACACGAACGCAGCCAGUGGUGCUGGGAACCGCUUCUGCAGAUCACACAGCAUUACUCUGGAGUAUAGAGACUGGGAAAUGCCUUAUUAAGUAUGUUGGGCACGCUGGAUCAGUGAAUUCUAUAAAGUUUCACCCAACAGAACAGAUUGCAUUAACAGCAUCUGGAGAUCAGACCGCUCACAUCUGGCGUUACAUGGUGCAAUUACCCACCCCUCAGCCAACAGCAGACACCAGUCAGAUUUCUGGAGAGGAAGAAGUGGACUUUUCUGAUAAAGAUGAAAAUGAUGGGGAUGGGGAUGCCUCAAGUGACUGCCCUACUGUCAGGGUCCCCUUAACUGCACUUAAAAGCCACCAGGGUGUUGUCAUAGCUGCCGAUUGGCUGGUGGGGGGAAAGCAAGCAGUAACGGCCUCGUGGGACAGGACAGCAAAUUUGUAUGACGUAGAGACAUCAGAGCUCGUCCACUCCCUUACAGGUCACGACCAGGAGUUAACCCACUGUUGUACACACCCUACACAACGCCUGGUUGUUACGUCAUCGAGGGACACCACUUUUCGUCUGUGGGAUUUCAGAGAUCCUUCAAUACAUUCCGUGAAUGUCUUUCAGGGCCACACAGACACAGUGACGUCUGCUGUUUUCACAGUUGGUGACAACGUAGUGUCUGGUAGUGACGAUCGUACUGUGAAGGUGUGGGAUUUAAAGAAUAUGAGGUCCCCUAUUGCAACCAUCCGAACAGACUCUGCGAUAAACAGGAUCAGCGUUUCUGUUGGCCAAAGGAUUAUAGCCCUACCCCACGACAACCGACAAGUUCGGUUAUUUGACAUGUCAGGAGUAAGGUUAGCGCGUCUCCCCCGAAGUAACAGACAGGGCCACCGCAGAAUGGUCUGUUGCUGUGCUUGGAGCGAAGACCACCCGACAUGCAACCUCUUUACCUGCGGCUUUGAUCGCCAGGCCAUAGGAUGGAACAUCAACAUCCCGGCGCUGCUGCAGGAAAAAUAAUCCCUGAUAAUGUGGCACUUACCUUCUCCUUAGCCAUGAACUCUUCUUUUCUUUCAAGCAGGUGCUCACCUUCUCCAGCCUGCCCCCAUCGUAAGGUCCCUUGGAAACGAGUGCAUUGUAAGCAUUGUUCCUAGUUCCCACAGUCUGCAUGGUGUUUCUGUGGAAAACAAAUAAUGGGCGAGUCCCUUUCUGAAUUCGUUUUGUGGCUGAAAUUCCCAGUCUUCGAAACCGAGGGGGUGAGUUGGGCCGCCGUGAGCACAUCCUAGUGCUCCUCGUAUAUUCUUCAGCUUAGAUGAGCAUUAGGGCAUUACAUUUCUGUGAAAUAAAUGUGAAAUUCAUGUAACUGUCGUGAAGGAUAUAAUAGUCUUUGCAUUCGUUCGUACAUAGGCAUACCUGUCCUGUGUUAUGGCAAACUGUUACAGAAAUAAACUAUGGAGUCAUGUCAAUUUCACUUGCUGCAUAGUUCAGCAUCGUGAGCAAGCACCGUGAGCGUGCUGCAGGUUCUGCUGGUGUUACCUUUUUUUUUUUUUUUUGUAUUAUUGUUAUUAUAAACUUGUUUUCUAAGAAUUGACUCAAGUGUCGCCAUUUUGUUUUUAUUUCAGUUUUAAAAGAAAUUAGGCUUUGCCUUAAAUUGCAACCAUUUUGUAAGGGGGGGGAUAGAAUAAAGAUGACAAAAUUCCCACUAAGCUCCCUUUAUUUCUAGUGGAAUUGAAAUCAGGCGUGCCGGCCCAGCUUCACUGAAAUAUAUUAACGCAAAUUCAAAGCACUUUCGCUCCGAGAUGCCGUUUUGAACAAUUUGUAACAGUUUCAAGUAGCGUUUUGCCAUGGAUUCGAGCUGACCUUCCCGAGAAUGACUUUGGCAACAUUCAGAGCCGCUUCCAAAAUCAGCUGGCUGCGCUUCACACUUCUGAAAUAAUGCUUAGCGCCCAUUACAAAUCAUUUUCUUCCCAUUUACAUUUCACUGCUGGGUUUUUAUAUUACGGUAAAAUUCAAUUUUUUGACCUGGCAGCCAAAGUCUUGCCAUGUUGAGAUGAAAUGAGAUAAAUACUUUUAAUUUGCUUACAUUAUUGUUAAUUUAAUUAGACCUCAGAAAUUUUAUCUGUAAAUAUCUGGCACAUUAGAGAAUUAAGGGUCCACCGAUAUUUUAUCAUGUGAAGUGAAUUGUAUUCUAUUUAGGUUCACAGAACACUCAACAUUCAUUCGAAACAGCAUUAGGAUUGACCCAAACCAAAUGCUGGAUUUGGUGAAUUCCUACAAAGGGUGUCUAGAAGAACUGGGGUUGGUUGGCUGGAAGCUUCACAUUAUAUUUCAAGCACUUGAGUUUCCUUCAGAAGUGGUUGUCAAGGUUUUUCAAGCCAAAGGCCGCUUUCACCUUAUCCCAGGGACCUCCUUGAAGGUCCAAACUUUGGUCAGGGCCCCCCUUAGCUUAUCAAUAUAACAUAUCAGAGUAUUAUUUAUAGUCUAGCCAGGACAGCAAAUAUAUAGUCACUCCAUAGCUCACCCUACCUGACCUUUAAGCUAGACUUUUAGUUGCAUCUAGAAGAGCAAGUGGCCAUCCUCCCCAAGUCUUACCUUAAUGGGACUUUGGGUUGAGCCCCCACAGCAGCUGCACCCACCUACUCUACCUGCAGUUUGGGAACCAUUUCUUGAUGAGAAUAGUGUAAUAAAAUGUUCAAAGUUUUUACUGGUCUAGUAAUCUAUAGCAACCAAUCAGCAGUUAGCAUUUAUUGGCGAGAUUUGCAAAUCUAAUUGAUGUUCUAUGGAUUACUAGGGUCUCACCAAGUGCCAGUUGCCUGUUUUGGCCAAGCCGAACCCAAAAAUGCAAAAUCCAAGCUAAAAUCAUACCAUAUCUGAAACUAAACCUUUUAUCAUAUCUGAAAAUGUUUAUUUUCAUUUUGUACCUUCAUAAAGUAGAUAUUCAAAUUUAGUAAUGCACCACUAUAUUGGAGUAAGUCAAAUAAUUAACCACUUGUUGUCUCAUUGGAUUUUCAGACUGUGGUCUUACCGUCACAUUAAUUGUAUAUCAUUUCCACGUAGUUCUGGUUACAAAUUGUUCUUUUCUGUAUCCAACCCAUAUCUUAGGGGUAUUUGUUGAGACUAUCGACACAUAGUUCGCUCUGUGUGAAUCUGCCCAAGCCACCACUCCUUAAUGUUGUUCUUUAUUUUCUUUAAAGCUCAGUGCUUUAAGCAAUAUGGAUCUGUGUGCUGAAAUAAAGUGACGUUUUAUCUCCUUGGUUUGAGCAG